AUGAUGCGCUUUGUUAUUACGGCCGCGGCUGUCAUCAUCGGCUCUUCUGUGUGUCUCUACAUCUUGCACCAGCGGCUGUCGUCGCGCGUCCAGCACCGAUCUCACUACGGAACCCUCGGGAGACCCUCUUCCAAGCCGAGAGAAAUCGAGUCCAUCCCGGAAUCUACAUUCACGGACCAGUACUAUGGGCUGUACGACCAUGUUUCAAAAACCGUCCCGCGCUCCUUGCUUCCGCAGAGCGAAUCCCCCGAGAGUCUCGUCACCAAGCUGGUGCGGCGCAACAUGACCACCUUCACGCGCUUGCCGCAAGCCCUCAUGCUGCGGGUAGUGAGCUCAACCCCCGAAGAACGGCGGAGCUUCCAGGCAUCGCAGAUUGCCACUCUGGAUUUCCAGGAAGGAGAUCUCGUCUGCGACGUGUAUCGUGUCAAAGUGCGUCGCCAGAACAAGGUCGAGUUCGAGAUUGCCAUGAAGACCAUGGACUUUGUGCAGGGCCGUCUGGCUAUUAGUGCUCAUGAGCAGAAUGGCGCAGUCGUAUUCAACAGUGAGACCAUGAUGUGGCGACGGGCUGAUGAGACUCGGACGAUGCCGUUGGAAAUGCCUGUGGUGCGCUGGAUGCAUCAAGCCGCGGCGUGGUGGCUGGUUGACUCGGGGGUGCGCUAUCUGAUGGAGUUGGCCUCCUAA